AUGCUGCCCCAAAUCCACCAGCAUACUCAAUUUCCGGUGUCUGUGGAUGGAUCGACUGGAUCUCCGCCGAAUAAUAUCAUUCCACCGCAACCAAUCAUCCCAUACUCACUGCUCUCUGCAUUAUAUUCACUCUCCUCUGCCAACAUUUCAACGUCGCCGGAAAUUAAUGAAGGAAAUGAGAAGGUCAAAGCAGUCGGAAGAUCCUAUAAUCCAGGAAGACCACUAUGUCUGGAAGAUCGGAAAAAGAUAGUUCGUCUCUACGAAGAAGGAUGUCGUGUCAGUCACAUUGCUCGUCUGAUUGGUGUCACUCACAGUUGUGUGAGCAAGAUAAUGUCGAGAUAUCGUCGUACUGGAAGUGUUCAACCGAGAAGCUUUCGUGCUACAGAGAAUCAGGAAAACGAUCUUGCCACGUGGCAGAAGCAGCAACAAAAGAAGGAGAAGCCGUUGGCGUUUUCCAUUGAAAGAAUCCUCUCUCCAGACAUCAAGAAAAACCAUCCAUACCAACGUGUCAUGUCCCAGUGA